AUGAAGAAAACCAAGGCCGCCACCUUGGUUCACAAGUCGGUCGUGGCCCGAAUGUGGACAGACAUAGACAUUCUCGAGGUGGAUGAGAUUGCCCGGAUGGAGAAGUCCAUUACUUUAGAGAGCUUGGUAAGAUUUUGUGAUGCAGUCGAAACUCUGUACACCAAGGACUACUUACGUAGACCUACCACAAGGACCUCCAACGGCUUCUACAAAAAGCCGAAACUCGAGGAUUUUGAAGAAUGA